AUGCUCGUGUUCUCUGUGUUAAAUACGCUCUCGAGUGGAGAUAACGCUGACGGAAUAGGAUCGAAAUGGGUGCAGUGGGAGUUACCUCCAAGCAGAGAGGUGAAGAGCUGGUGGAACCAUGGGGUGGGUCCGUCUGCAGUGCAAUCAUCGGGAACGACUCAAGUGACUGUGAAAGCUUGGAAUGGAAAUUCCAAGGUAAGAAAAAAUGAAAAUAUCAAACAUGCCGGGAAGGGAGGGUAGCUUUGCUUUCGGGGGGUUACUCACAGGAAAGGGUGGUCAGCAGACGAGUAAAUUAGGGAGCUUAAGCAAAGGCGUUUUUGAGUGACGCACGUCGACCGGAAGUGAGAUCUUUUUCAUUUUAAAACAAAUUCACAAUACCAAAUUUGCAUUUCUUAGUCUCUUUCUUAUUAUAGAGACGAUCUGUCCAAAAAUUUGGCAAAAAUACCGCUCAGGAAUGAAAAAAAGUCCACUUCCGGUUGAUGUGCGUCGCUCAAAAUCGUCUUUGCUUACUUCAAUGGCGCCUCAUUAUCAGACAAAUCUAAGAGCAAUAUUAUGUUAAAUUAUUUAACCUGAUGUGAAUCUACUAAUUUUUUGUACCUACAAUGAACGGUAAACGGUAGAUAAAGGGAAAACUUGGUCACGUGGUAGAAAUUGAUGUUCACCAGAGGAUUAAUUUGCCGCAAAGCUGAUUCUUAUUACCUCUAUAAAGCUUUAAGGGACUAACGCGAAAACCUCCCGGGUAUCUCUCUAAACGGCCCAAACAAACAAUUUAUCUUCUUGCCAUUUUCUUUACCUCGUAAUUAAGCUAGGCUUAGGUGUGAGUUCUAUUUGAUGAUAAAAUCAUCAAAUUUGAUGUAGUUCAGUCGGUGAAAAAAACUAUUGAGAGACUUACGAUGUUGACAACCCAUUGUAGCAACCCUCGCGUCCCAACUGAACGUGUAGCACAACAUCGCGUAGAGGAAAGGAAGCUAAGGUCUGAAAACCUUGGGAAACGCUGUAAAGCACAAUUGAAUCAACCAAUAUAGACGGCGAUAAUGGAAAGAAGCAUUUAAUCCUGGAAAAAUAAAUAACAUGAAUACUAUGUAGGAGUGUAUGCCCUGAAAACUCGACCUGUUAUCUUACCAUCACCAUCACCCUUCAGUAAGAAUGAAUUAGGAGAUUACAACACGAAAUUUUUUAAAUACAUUUGUAAAUGACGUUGUUAUCAUUUUUUUCACUCUUUUGUAGGUUUGCUACCAGAACAAGGUCGGUAUAAUGCCAUUACCUCAACAUGGAGGGUCCUAUCCUUGCGCGUCUUAUAACAAAAAGGGAAAUACUGUCACCAAUGACUACUGUAUGCCAGUAGGAGUACAAAGAGCUGGCACAUCAGCAGGUGGGUGGACAUAA